GGCUGCUCUCAAUCCGUUCCUCUCCCCAGUCUGUAUUGAUACUGGGGGUUGCUCCGACCCAGGUGGAGGACCUUGCGCUUGACCUUGCUGAACUUCAUAAGCAUGCUUAUGGCAUUGUAUGGAAAGCAAUUGAUCGCAGAACAGGAGAAAUAGUUGCUGUUAAAAAGAUUUUUGAUGCUUUCAGGAACAGAACAGAUGCUCAGAGGACAUUUCGAGAGAUUAUGUUCCUGCAGGAAUUUGGAGAACAUCCAAAUAUCAUCAAGCUGCUUGAUGUUAUCCGAGCUCAGAACGACAAGGACAUUUACCUCAUCUUCGAGUCCAUGGAGACAGAUUUACAUGCUGUGAUUAAGAAGGGGAAUUUGCUGAAAGAUAUCCACAAGUGUUACAUUCUCUACCAACUCCUGAAGGCAACUAAAUUCAUCCACUCAGGAAAUGUUAUUCACAGAGAUCAGAAGCCUUCAAAUAUCUUGCUGGAUGCAGACUGCUUUGUUAAACUUUGUGAUUUUGGGCUGGCCCGUUCUUUAUGUCAGAUGAAUGAGGACCAAGGCAACCCUGCCCUAACAGAAUAUGUGGCAACACGCUGGUACCGAGCACCCGAGAUCUUACUUUCCUCUCGGAGUUACACUAAAGGUGUAGACAUGUGGAGCAUUGGCUGUAUUCUGGGAGAGCUGCUACUUGGGAAACCUCUUUUUCCUGGAACAUCAACUGUGAAUCAAAUAGAGCAGAUCUUGAGGGUCAUUCCUGCCCCAUCCCCAGAAGAUAUUUUGGCUAUGCAAUCAGAUUACAGGGCCUCAGUUAUUAACCGCAUGAGUUCCCGGCAACGAGUAACAUUUGAGGAGAUUUUACCAUCCUCUACUCCAUUGCCUGCCUUGGAUCUUCUGAAGAAACUUUUAGUAUUUAACCCUGCUAAACGACUUACAGCAGAGGAAGCUCUGCAGCAUCCUUAUGUGAAAAGGUUUCACUGUCCUGCCAGGGAGCCCUGUCUGGAUUAUGAUGUGAUUCUUCCUUUAGGUGAUGAUAUCCAGCUGUCUGUGGCAGAAUAUCGAAAUAAAUUAUAUGAGAUGAUCCUUGAAAAGAAAUUAAAUAGCCAUCCAAAGGAGCAAGUGCGGAGAGAAAACAUUCAGCUAAGUCAGUCUGAAUCCAGGCCACUUCUUCCAAAUUCCAGUUCUGUGACUUUACGUACCAGGAAAGGCCAGAGAGAACAAACACCGCCUCUUCUAAAAUCUUCUCAUGUGCAUGCUGGAACUACAACUAGUGUCCAGCCAGAAGUGUCCAGCCAGAGUGAAGAUAUAGCAAGAACUUUAUGUCAGAGCUCAAAGAUCAAUGUGAUAUACAAUCCCAUAACACACACUGCUGUUCCAAGUAAUGCAAAUUCUGGUGCUGUGGUCAGGAACUGUUCUGCACCACCUUCUCAACAGGCCAGAGUCUCCAACAAUAGGAAACUGGGGAGACAAAUCACAUGGGCAAAUGCAAACGCUCAGCUACCUCCUACAAGUGUACAGAACCUUUAUAGUAAUCCAAGAAAUACUCACUUUCACAGCAAAGAUGUUCGACCCCUUCUGAAGUCCAGUAAAAAGAUGUUCCAGAUUACUGCAAAUACGGGAGCUGCUGGUGAUCCGAAAGCAUCGAUGGGUAGUUACUCCCAGGCCUAUGGAACCAUACGCAAAUCUGCACUGCAGAGUCUUCCAAUAUCAAAGUCCUCCCAACAACAUGAGCAGUGA